AUGACGCCCCGACGAGAUGCGAGCCAGGCAUCAAUUAGGUUAACACGAAGGGGCGGACCAGAUGGACAUCUAUUGUCGACUUUCAACAAGAAAGAUAACGACAAGACCCCCGAUCCAAUCAAACGCGAACCCGAACCUGUACCUGAACCCGAACGUGAACGUCAACUUUCAACAGAUGCAGAGCCUAUGAGCACCCCUGAUGCAGAAUCAAGUGACUCCGAUACGCCCCAGCGCCCCAGAAGGGAGGAGACACAAGCCUUGGGAGAAAAACUCGCAGCUGCCACUGGGUAUUCCUCACCUGCCUAUACCCUGAAUACUCGCAGCUCCACGAGCAGAAAUACAAGGAACCCUCUGAAGCGGGCCUCGAGUAAUUUUAUGGAUGAUGAAGAUGACCCAUGGUCGCUUACAUCGUCGCAGAAGACCCGGAAGCGAUCUAACCAGGCCACAUUUGCAAAAUCAAAGCCACCAUCUUUCUCUUCUGGGCCCAACUCAAGCGCGCGUUCCCCCGCAACAGCGAGGUCAAAAACCAGCUCUGCGAAAUCAGCCAAGGGCAGUAAAAAGGGAGAUUCCUCGUCCGACUCGGUUUCAGAAUUCAGAGUGCCCUUGCAUAUUGAUGCGCCCAGCCCGAGAAAGCCAAAGAGGGACCCAACACCGCAGUUCAAAAUGCCCCCCGACUUUCAAGCUAGUUCUUUUCCUACAUCGUCGAUUGACAUUCAAGGCCUUUCAUCCGAUUCCGAUCUCACUCCUCUCAGCAGCCCAUCCGCAUCCAUCGCGGAAGAAAUGCGCGAGCACGGCUUCGAGUCCAAAGAUAAAAGAUCACCAUCACCACCACGAAAAGCACUAUGUCCCAUGUGCAAAGACGAAGUGGACCCGGAACUUCUAAAACAGUUCCAGGCCCAGCCAAAGCAGCGCCUUCGAGAACAACAACAAUUCUGUACUUCCCAUAAACGAGAAGCCGCCACGAAAGAGUGGGAGGUACAGGGCUACCCGGAGAUCAAUUGGGAUAUAUUUGAGAAGCGUCUGGUUGGAUAUUACUCCAACCUGGAAAGACUUCUGGAUCUGUCAGGGCAAUCCUAUUAUCGCAAUAUCCUCGAUAGUGCUUACAAGGCCGGGAAAAGCCUUCGUCUUACCAUUGAGGGUGAUGGUAUUGAGACAAUAUCUUGCGGGUACUACGGGACGAAAGGGUCUCAGAAAAUGUUGUUUGCGGUCAUGGAACGCUUCGCUGUCAGACUACGUCGACUAGCUAAUGAGGACUCACUAGUUGCAAAAGUGGGGAUAGCAGGAUAUGCACAAUCUGUUCUUGUACCUGAACUCGCCACCUUGCUAAUCAAGGAAGAUAUGGGUGUUGAUACUAGUGUUGCACGUGAGAUUAUGAGAGAUAGUAUUGAAAUCGGACUGAGACUUAAUCCUCAGGCGGACGAUAUUGUGCAUGUUGAUGAGGAUCUUGAAGAGGUCUCAGAGUAG